AUGACAACUCGCAGCGCAAGCGGUUGUACGUGGCGAAAACAGUCGACUUCUAUCUACUGUUGCGUGUGCGGAUGUCAUAAUAGCAACAAGAACACGGCCGGGAAACUGCCGAAGGUGCAAUUUUAUCAUUUUCCUUGGAAAUCGUACGAGGCUGAUCGGCGACAACGUUGGAUCGCUGCCGUUCGGCGCGACCGCCCGAAUGGAGAUUUGUGGCAACCAGUGCAACGCAAGACAGUCAUCUGCAAUGCUCACUUUGUCGGUAACAAAGCGAGCACGAUUGCCGGCCAUCCCGCCUAUGUACCAACUGUGUUUCCGCCGUGUUACAGAAGAAGUGAUGCAGUACUACCGGCAUCAAAGCUCGACAGAUAUAAGAGGGUUCAGCGACGUCGCGCAGUGCUUCAAGCGCCGACAUCCAAGAGCGCGAUCACGGCGACUGCGGAUUCCUUUGAGGACUCCUCGAUUGACCUCGCCGACGAAAUCAUUGCAUCACCGGAAGAAACUGGCACAUCCGCAUCCGUGAUGACCCAGACAGAUGCAGAUUUUAACGGAGGUGUUUGCACUCUGUUCCUCUGUGACAACAGAAGGCGUGGCAUCUACUCAAGUUUGCCAUACCGACAUUGUAGAGAAAGGUGUACAAGCAAGUGCCUCUGUGAGAUCGACAGCUACUGGACCGAACGAGCGCAGCUGUGCAUUUCUUGGCUACAAUUCCCUGAUCCAGAGAAAGGAUGCCUUUCGUGAACUGUGUGGCGUUAGCGCAAACGUCUUUUCUCUGUUAUUGUCUGUGCUUUCAUCCAUGGCCGUGAGGGAAGUGGACGUGCCAAUUUCCCAGAAGUUGUCCAUAUUCUUGAUGAAGAUGAAGCUCGGCGUUUCAUUCACCAGCAUUGCAGUGCUUUUUGGCCUUCAUCGCACGACAGUUAGCCGCAUAUUCUACUUUGUAUUAACUAAUCUGUUAAAUGCAAUGCAGAAAUGGAUACCGGAGCCAUCGCUUGGAGGAGUGCAAGCCACCAUGCCCACAUGUUUUAAGCUGUACUACCCGCGCUGCCGCUACA